GUGGCAGAAAAUCAGGAAACGAACCGCCGCUGCGAGUCACGAGAAAAGAGCUCUUCAUCAUGGCCUACCAGGCUGGGAUUCAAGAGGAGCCCAGUGCUUUAGUUCACAACAUCAGCACCAACAUCCAGAAGCUCACACUGCUGAUCUCUGAGCUGCAGAGGGCAGUGUAUCUGCUGGGAACAGAGCAGGACACCAGCCAGCUACGACAGACGCUGCAACAGAAACAGCAGCAAGGCAACCAGCUAGCCAAGGAGACUGACAGACUGAUCAAGGCAUUCAGUGCACUUCCUGUUGGCCCUGAUCAGCGGCAGAGAAAGAUACAGAAAGAUCGUCUGUUGAAUGACUUCUCUGCCGCCCUAAACAGCUUCCAAAAGACCCAGCGGCAGGCAGCCGACAAAGAGAGAGAGUUUGUGGCCAGAGUCAGAGCCAGCUCCAGGGUGUCGGGAGGCCAGCCUGAGGACAGCUUUGGAAAUGUGUCUCCAUUCCCAGGUGACUCCCAGGUGCAGGCCCAGGCCGAGGCCAUCACUGAAGACGACCUGAGGCUGAUUCAGGAGAGAGAGUCGGCCAUCAGGCAGCUGGAGUCUGACAUCACAGAUAUCAAUGACAUCUUCAAGGAUCUGGGGAUGAUGGUGCAUGAGCAGGGAGACAUGAUAGACAGUAUAGAAGCCAAUGUGGAGACUGCAGACGUGAACGUCCAGAACGCUACCCAGCAGCUCGCCCGUGCUGCAGACUACCAGAGGAGCUCCCGGAAGAAGAUAUGCAUCCUGAUGAUAGUGUUGGCUGUAGCUGCUGUUAUAAUAGGACUUAUCAUCUGGGGAGCUGUCAGCAAAUGAGGGCGUUUUCCUCUCCUCUUCAGUCAUCAGCCUGGACAAAGGAUGAAGUACCGUCCUUCCUCUCCUCUGCCUGCUCCUUUCCUUGCCCCCCCCACACCCUGCGUCAUGAGGGGAAUCAUUGAGACUAUCUAUCCUUCUUUGGUUUGAUUAUAUUUUAAAGUUUUUUUUAGUCCUCGUUGACAGGACUGCCCACUGCUCCUUCAUGGUGAAACAAAGCUAGUGCUGGUAGCUUUAUUGUUAUAAUCAGCUUUAAAUGUAAUUUGUAAUUGUAACACAAAUAAUUAUUUGUGUCUGAUUUAGCCAUGAUUUUCAUCCACACCUGCUUGUCAGUUGAAGGAGCGAACACAGGUGAAGUAUUUCUGUGUUCAGUGGCAGUCAUUGUUGCUGAAUAACUGUCCCUAUUGCCCUGACAUUGUUGAGAGAAUCUCCAUUGAGUUCAAUGUUAGAUAAUAUACAAUAAAGGCAAUGGUUGUGGGUGCAAUGAAGAGGCAGGUGUCUGUAGGAAGAGAUUAACCUUCAGAUCUGUAUUCAUAUUUCUGCAGCUGCUUUCCUCUUGUCUGGUUACAUAUGAAAAGACCACGUGCUAAAAGUUUCUCCACAGUUAAACGAUGAAGUGCCCUAUGUAAAUUGAUUGUGAAUAAACAAAAGCCACCCUUGUAGCCAUGGUAAAAUGUUGCCAAUUUGCAUUCAGUUUAUUCUAACGUGGUGCGCAAGCCUUUUUUAAUCUAUUAUCUCCUGUAUUUUAAGUUAUCAUUAAUUAAAAUUAAUAGUUAAUUUCUGUUCAAAUUCAUGUUGUUAUAUUCUAAUGCUGAAUGAGGAAGUACUGUACAUACUCAUGCUACAACUUGUGGUUAGGACUUUAAAAUACACUCCACUAUCAGCCAAUCAUCAGCCAGUCCCCAAAUAAUAAGGGGAAGAGUUGUUCCUUAAAUUAGGUGGUGUGUUUCCUUUGUCUAGAUAAAUUGUUUUAACUGCAUAGCUCAGAGUGAUUGCUUUUACAUCAAGGAUAAUCCUUUUUAAUAAAUCAAAUUACAUUACCAUUGUCAAACCACAGGUGAUUAGACACAAAGAAUGUACAGCAGCCAGUUCUUGCAAGGAUUGAGUAAUAACUUGGGUUGUGGUUUAU